UUGUUUGUUUUUGAUUAUCACACUCUGUCAAUUAAUUACUGUUGCUUAGAAACACUUUCAUACAUCGAAAAAAAACUCUCGUUAUUUUUUAAAGUUAAGGUUUCGAUAAUGUUGGAACAAACCGAUAUAAAAAUAGAAGUGUUGUCUGAAUCAACAUGUCGAUUGUGCAUGAUGGACAGCGGGGAUUCGCAGUUAAUUUUCAAAAGUGGUUCCGCAUCUCUAGACGCAUGGAUCGAAGAUCUCACUUCUUUGAAGAUUUUGAAUGUUCCAAAUGCUCCAGCAUCGUUGUGCUCUAACUGUAAUACUAUUCUGAAGAAUUUUGACGAGUUUCGUGCGAUGUGUUUUACAAAUAACAGUUCAUUUAACGAGCUAUUUGUUAGCAUUGAUCGAAGAAAUGAAUUUGAACAUUCGUAUUACAGCCCAAAUGAUGAUGCAGUUCAAAAUAUUCACAAUGAAUAUGUGGUUUCUAAUGUCACAGAACUGAUAGAAUCUAAGGAUUCUGAUCCAUUGCCACCGUCUAUUGAGAUUGUUAAGAUAGAAAUUGAAGAAGACAACUCAGAUUCGGACGAUCAGGCUGAGGCACAUGUAGAAAUACCAGCUCAACCAACAGAGAACAAAGAGAAGCCAAAAGAUAAACGUCAAAAGCUUUGCCCGGUAUGCAACAUAUACGUGAGCGCACUGGGCAAGCAUCUCAUAACCCUGCACAAGGACUAUAAACCCUUCCAGUGUGAAUACUGUUCGUUAAGGUUCAAUGCCCACGGGAAUCUGCUGAAGCACGUCCGGAGACAUAUGCAGGAGAAGUCACACAUUUGUCAGUACUGUCAAAAGGGCUUCAACAACACCGGCGAGUUGAAGGUUCACAUUCGAAUGCACACCAAUGAGAGGCCUUACCAUUGCGAAGAGUGCGGAAAAACUUACAAGACAUCCGGUUUAAUGGGCAGACACAAAAAGGUGCAUUUGGGUAUUCGUCCUCAUGAGUGUAGACUUUGCCAGGCCAGGUUCUACAUACCUCGUCACUUGAAGCAGCACAUGACGGUUCACACACUGGAACGAGCGUACAGCUGUAAAGUUUGCAACAAAAAGUUCACCAGACCGGAAGCUGCCAGAGUCAACGCGCAUAAGUGUAUCAAGCAAAUUGAUGUAAAACAAGGGCAGACAACAUAAGCUCAAUUAAAGAUAAGCUACUGUAGUAUUUAAUAAUCAA